UGCUAACUAACCUUGCUACUUGUAUGUGUUUGGUCGACGGAUUGUCAAUCCAGCCCUAAAUCCGGUCGGGUUUUGGAACUUUCUUGCGUCCGUGACCCGAGCUGGACCGCGUAAGUUUCAAGUUUGCCGUGAGACGGACUUGCUUCCUGAUAGUUAAGCGUCAGUGUAUUAUUCCUUGAGUGAUUUCUCUUUCUGGGCGAUUAUCCAGCAUGAUGCCUACUUUGUCUCUAUUUCAUGCCACUGGUAUCAUUUCUUCCUCCCUUGCGGCCGGCACUAUCUUCACUUCCUCUUUCAACGGUGUCAGCACGGCCCAACUCGCCGUUCAUGAAUCCCCGCGUUUCGCUGCCCAGCAAUGGGUUCAUGUCCACCGGAAAUGCCACAACCUAGGCACCCCGUUGGUCGUGCUAUCAGCGGUCUGCUUUGGAUUGGUGACCGCGCAAAGGCAGAGCCAACAGCUUCUGGCGGCCGCGACCGCGUGCAUGGGCAUCGUGCCUUACACGAUUGUGGCCCUGAGAGGACCGGAAAUGGUUCUUUUUGCGGCUGCCGACUCUGAGUGCCAGGCUAGGUCGGCAGCGUAUUCGACCCGAGAUAUACAAACGGCGCUCACCAGAUGGGGACACUGAAUCUGGUGCGGACAAUUUUUCCUCUGCUUGGAAGCUUCUUGGCUAUCAGUAUGUU